AUGAAAAAAGACUUUGCAAAACAUUUGAUGUAUCUCUACUGCACAGCAUUCAGAACGGUUGGAAUCCCAUCUGUCCAUAGAAGAAAGAUGAAGAAAAUAAAGAUGAUAUCAAAUAAAUAUCAAAUAAGAUUGUCCAGAGAAAUAAAGAGAACAGUGUGUCCCGGCUGCUACACCAUUCUUAUCCCUGGAUUCAAUUGUGUAUCAAGGGUUACCAGGGAGGAGAAUGGGUUGUGUCUCAAGACCUCGUGUAGUUGUGGAAACGAAAAGGUCUUUGUUGCCCAAGGAAGAUGA